UUCCCGGUAUACCGCCUCCGCGCUCGGCCCCGCCCGCGUGCUCCUACACCGCCCCGUGGUCGGACUCCGCCCCUACCCCGUCCGGGCCCGUAGCUCCGGUUCCACCGCCGCCCGUUUAGCCCAUGCCUCCUGCACGCCCUGCCAAGUCCUCCGACUCCACUUACGCCUGCGCCUUUCAGAGCCCCGCGUCGCCUCCGCAGACUAUUUUGGCAGCUGGCGCGCUCCGUAGCGGGUCGGCGGGCGGGGUCGGAGGUCGUGGGGCGGGGCCAGAGUCGGUUGCCACCAGGGCGGGCGCUUCCCUUACCUCAGCGCUCACGCCUUGUCCCGGCGGCCGAACCGGAGCCGCGAGCCCGUGAGGCGGGGGCUGCAGAGAUGGCCCUGGGCGACGCGCCGGCCACUGGAGGCCCGGACGAGGAAACGGAAGACGAUGCGCUGGCCCGCGGUGCCGGCCUGGAGGCCUUCGGGGAGAGCGCGGAGACCCGCGCGUUGCUCGGCCGCCUGCGGGAGGUGCACGGCGACCGCGCGGCCCGGGAGCUGGCGGAGGAGCGGUUCCGCGUAAUAAUGGACAAGUAUCAGGAGCAGCCGCACCUGUUGGACCCACACCUUGAAUGGAUGAUGAACUUGUUGUUGGACAUGGUGCAAGAUAAGACCUCUCCAACUGCCCUCAUGCAUCUGGCUUUUAAAUUUCUUUACAUCAUCACCAAGGUUCGAGGAUAUAAAAUAUUUCUUCGUUUAUUUCCUCAUGAAGUAGCCGAUGUGGAGCCUGUUUUAGAUAUGUUUGCAGGCCAGGAUCCCAAGGACCACGAGACCUGGGAAACCCGCUACAUGCUCUUACUGUGGCUGUCUGUGACCUGCCUGAUCCCUUUUGAUCUUUCACGCCUUGAUGGGAAUCUCCUUACCCAACCUGGGCAGACACGAAUGCCCAUCAUGGACCGCAUUCUCCAAAUAGCAGAGUCCUACUUGGUUGUCAGCGACAAGGCCCGAGAUGCAGCUGCCGUCCUCGUGUCCAGGUUUAUCACGCGCCCUGACGUCAAGCAGCAGAAGAUGGCGGGUUUCCUGGACUGGAGCUUGUGCACCUUGGCCCGCUCCUCCUUCCAGACCCUCGAGGGUGUCAUCGCCAUGGACGGGACGCUGCAGGCCCUGGCACAAAUAUUUAAACAUGGAAAACGUGAAGACUGUUUACCCUAUGCUGCCACCGUCCUCCAGUGCCUCGAUGGCUGCAGACUCCCUGAGAGCAACCAGACCCUGCUCCGGAAGCUGGGGGUGAAGCUCGUGCAGCGGCUGGGCCUGACCUUCCUGAAGCCGAAGGUGGCGGCGUGGAGGUACCAGCGCGGCUGUCGGUCUCUGGCCGCUAACCUGCAGCUCCUCUCUCAGCACCGGCCCGAGCAGCAGACACUCCUCGUGCCUUCCAACUGCCACGAAGAUGACGACGUCCCAGAGGGUGUGGAGAGCGUGAUUGAGCAGCUGCUGGUCGGGCUGAAGGACAAGGACACCGUGGUGCGGUGGUCUGCCGCCAAAGGAAUUGGCAGGAUGGCUGGACGGCUCCCCAAAGAGCUGGCGGACGAUGUGGUUGGGUCUGUGCUGGAUUGUUUCAGUUUUCAGGAGACGGACAAGGCUUGGCAUGGCGGAUGCCUGGCGCUGGCGGAACUGGGCAGGAGAGGCCUGUUGCUCCCGUCUCGACUUGCAGAGGCCGUCCCCGUGGUCCUGAAGGCGCUGACCUACGAAGAGAAGCGGGGCGCCUGCAGCGUGGGCGCCAACGUCAGGGAUGCCGCCUGCUAUGUGUGCUGGUCCUUCGCACGUGCCUACGAGCCGCAGGAGCUGACGCCCUUCGUGACGGCGAUUUCGAGCGCGCUGGUGAUCGCCGCGGUGUUUGACCGGAACGUCAACUGCAGAAGAGCCGCCUCUGCCGCCUUCCAGGAGAAUGUGGGGAGACAGGGCACUUUCCCUCACGGAAUCGACAUUCUGACCGCCGCGGACUACUUUGCUGUCGGCAACAGAUCCAACUGUUUCCUGGUCAUCAGUGUGUUCAUCGCCGGGUUUCCUGAGUACACCCAGCCGAUGAUCGACCACCUGGUCACCAUGAAGAUCAACCACUGGGAUGGGGCCAUCAGAGAGCUGGCAGCGAAGGCACUGUCCAACCUAGCCCCAAGAGCGCCUGAGUACAGCGCCACUCAUGUUCUCCCCAGGCUGCUGUCGAUGACGCGGAGCCCGGACCUGCACACGAGGCACGGGGCGCUGCUGGCCUGCGCGGAGCUCACCUACGCCCUGUACAGACUCGCCGCGCGGGAGGGCAGGCCCGUCUUGGACUACCUGGACGAGGACGCCGUGCAGGGCCUGAGGCAGAUCCACCUGCAGCUCUCCGAGCGUCAGCUGUACAGGGGUCUUGGCGGAGAACUCAUGAGACAAGCAGUGUGCAUUUUGAUAGAGAACUUGUCACUUUCCAAAAUGCCCUUUAAAGGGGACACCAUAAUUGGUGGUUGGCAGUGGCUGGUAGACGACACUUUGAGAAGUCUCCAUCUCGUUUCCAGUCACGCCAGACAGCAGCUCAAGGACGCAGCUGUCUCGGCCCUGGCCGCGCUCUGCAGCGAGUACUACGCGAAGGAGCCGGGGGAGGCGGAUCCCGAGGUUCAGGAGCGGCUGAUCGGCCAGUACCUCGCCGAGCUGCGGAGCCCCGAGGAGAUGGCGCGCUGCGGCUUCUCUUCCGCGCUGGGCGCCCUCCCCGGCUUCCUGCUGAAGGGCAGGCUCCAGCAGGUUCUGGCAGGUCUGAGAGCUGUCACCCACGCCUGCCCCGAGGACGUGGGCUUCGCCGAGUCCAGGAGAGAUGCCUUGAAGGCCAUCGCCAGGAUCUGCCAGACCGUCGGGGUGAAGGCGGGCGCUCCGGACGAGGCCGUGUGCACGGAGAACGUGUCCCAGGUCUACGGGGCGCUGCUGGGCUGCAUGAGCGACUACACCACGGACAGCCGCGGGGACGUGGGGGCCUGGGUCCGGGAGGCCGCCAUGACGGGUCUGAGGGACCUGACGCUGCUGCUGGCUCGCAGCCGGCCCGAGCUCAUCGAGGCCCACAUCUGUGAGCAGGUCAUGUGCCGCGUGGCCCAGCAGGCCAGUGAGAAGAUCGACCGGUUCCGUGCUCACGCGGCCGGCGUGUUCCUGGCGCUCCUGCACUGCGACCCUCCCACCCCCCACGUGCCCCACCGGGCGGAGCUGGAGCAGCUCUUCCCCAGGUGCGACGUGGCCUCCGUGAACUGGAACGCGCCGUCCCAGGCCUUCCCUCGCGUCACCCAGCUCCUGGGGCUGCCCGCCUACCGCUACCACGUCCUGCUGGGGCUGGUCGUGUCCGUGGGUGGCUUGACGGAGUCCACGGUCCGGUAUUCCACGCAGAGCCUCUUCGCGUACAUGAAGGGCAUUCAGAGGUACCCCCAGGCCCUGGAGAGCUUCGGCGGGACCCUCCUGCAGGUCUUCGAGGACAACCUUCUGAAUGACAGGGUGUCUGUGCCGCUGCUGAGGACCCUGGACCAGAUGCUCGCCAACGGCUGCUUCGAGGCCUUCACUGCGGAGGAGGACCACCCCUUCUGCGUGAAACUGCUCGCGCUUUGCAAGGAAGAAAUCAAGAGGUCCAAGGACGUCCAGAAGCUGCAGGCCAGCAUCGCAGUGUUCUGCGGGAUGGUGCAGUUCUGCGGCGACGUGCGGAGGCAGGCGCUCCUGCAGCUGUGCCUGCUGCUCUGCCACCCCUUCCCCUGGUGAGCCCC